AUGGCCUCCUCUUCGUCCGCGCCGGCACACCAGCAGCCGACGUGCACUGACACCUUCGUCCGUUCGGUCGCGGACGUGCACAAGAUAUUCUAUGCCGUACUCCUCGGCCGGCUGCCUCUGAUCGCUCGGCGACUCGAUGCGGCCGAGAGAGAUGCCCUGCGCACUGGAUCCUGCUACGUCUGGGAAGACCGCGGUCCUCACAGCGUCACAGGCCUGGGAAUCGAGCGGUUCACAGAAGGCCGCAGUUGGAGUGCGAGUCGAGUACGGGACGACUUUUUGUUUUAUUAUGAGAAGUACAAGAGCGGAUCAUCAACGCAGCCAGCGACAUCUGACAACGAGAAGCCCCCUCGCGACUGGGAUCCGCUCGUCAAGCAGACUUACUCGGUCUACGUCAACCCGCACCCCGGGCAGCCCGAGCCCAAUCCGCCAAAGAAGUGGCAUCUGACAGCGUACUAUACCGAGUCGAGUAUCGACAGGCUUCGGGCGGUGGACAACUUGCCAGAGUGCCAGGGCUUGGUCGUUCCCGACGGCAUGUUCAGAUGUAGCAGGAGCGUCAAGCCGCGCAGUCGGGCGGGCAAGGCGAAGGCUGCGAGGGAGAGGGCUGCGAGGGAAAAGUCGGGCUUGAACGAGACUGCCGGUGCUCAAGCUGGACCGAGCGGGAGCGCGGUCAAGGUCAAGGAGGAGCCGGUAGAGAAGGCGGAGGACAGGAAGCCGGCCCGGCCGGCUAAGAAGCCGCCACCACCUGUCGCGGGGCCGAGUAGGGUCAAGACUGAGCGCACGUCGCCGCCACUGGGUGGAUUGAGAGUGGACACCACGGAUCUGGGCCCCGAGACCCGGACGCCCAUCGCACCUCAGUCAGCGCCGCCGGCAGGAUCGAACAGUCAUCUCAUUGGUUCGAAUAUCGCCGACCGUCGCGCAGGCUCGAAUAUCGCGAGUCCUGCAACAGCACACUAUCCCGCCUCCAACAUCGGAGGCUCAAAUAUCCAAAGCCCGUCGGUCGCCCAGUAUGGCGGUUCGAACAUCUUCGGGGCGUCAAGUUCGAAUAUCGGCUCAAACAUUCAAGCGGCACAGCGGCCCCCACCGCAGUCUCUCUCGCUCUACCCCGCAACCGCGAAUCAAAAUGCGAAUACCAGUGCUUCUGCCUCGGCGUCGGCGCCUCCGCAUCCACAGGAACAAACAUACCCGUUCUCGUCCUCGUCUGUCUAUCCAUCAUCGAAUACCCAGAACAAUGCAUAUGCGUCGCCCGUAUAUCCGCCCGCGCCGGCUACUGCUUCGCCGACGUCGCCGUACCCGCUCUCUGCGACUUCGCCCACGCAAGGAUAUUUUGCGACGGGCUCACCGCAGCCCUAUCCGAGUGGUCAACCGCAGCCACAGCAGCCACAGGCGCACUACCGCGACUCUUCUGGACAACAUCAACAGGCAUCACAGAUCCCGUUCCGCCCGGCUUCGCAGCAGGCGUUUCGCCCGACUUCGUCAUUGGCGAACGCGCUCGAUCCCGAUGCUGUGGGCAACUCGUCCAAGCCCGGCAGCAGGCGGAGCAGCAUGAACUACACCGCACCGACGUUCUCCACUGCCGCCCAGCGUAUAUCUUUCUCGAACUUGGGAGGUUCGGGAAGCAAUCACAGCCAGUCGCCUUCGCCGCCUCAUACAGGCUCAGUCGGCUCGGGCAGCGGUGGUACGGGCAACGGAUUGGGUGGCAUAGGCACGAUGAUGCCGCCGCCUCUACCCCCGCUCAAUGUCAACGCGUCAGGGAUGGACGCUGGGAGCGUCGACGUGCCGAUGGGGUCCACGCCGGCGCCCGCGCCUGCGGCUUCGAGUCUUGAUGUCGCGAUGGGCGCUCCGUCGGUUGCGGGUCCGUCGGCAGAUGCGGGCGACGGCUUUGCGCAGGCUACGUCACCCGUCCAUCGCUUCCCCGAAGGCGCGGGAGAGUAUGCGGGCUUCCCUGCGCCUGCGCCUGCACCGUCGGCGCAUGCGGCGGCGCAGGACGACGCGUUUGCUGUGUCGCCUGCGGGGUUCAGUGCCAUUCCGGGGUAUGGGAGCGCUACGAGCGACAGUGCCGGAUGGGGCGAGCAGCAGCAGCAGUCUUCGCCUGCGUACAACGACUACGGCAGCGACACAUACAUGUCCGAACCGUCGCACGUCUCGAGCCGCCCGACGUUCUUCCCGCCUCAAUCGCCCUACACAGGCUCGCACUCGGCCUACGCGCCCAGCCCAAACCCGAACGCAGCUGGACAGCGCCCGGGCACGGGGUAUCAGGCCGCGGCGGGCUUCGGGGGCGCGCACACGCCGUUUGCGGCGCAUACGCCGUUUCAGGCUGCGGGGUCGCCGUACCCGGGCACGCCGUACCAGAGCAAUGCGGCGUAUGGCGGGUUCGCGGAGAAGGGCGGGACGCCGUUUUCGCCGGUCGUGGGGUCGUUCGCGCCGGGGUUUCAGCCGCCGCAGAUGAGGGUGCCGAGGAGCGCUAGUGAGGGGCAUUUGGUGUCACCUACGCAGACGCAUGGAUCGUUCGGGUCGUUGAACGCUGGUCAUGCGCCGACGGGUGCGAGUGCUGGUGCGCAGCAACAGCAGCAGCAGCAGCAGGGCGGCGGCGGCGGGAUGGUGACGGGUUGGGCGGGCGAACGGAGAGCGGCGUUGGCGCCUCAGGCGAGCUUGAGGAGGUUCAAGCCGUACGCGAAGCCGCGAGAUCCUGUCGAUGAGGCGAGCGUUAGAGCGUUGGGAGGGUUUCCGGUACUGUUUCUCUUUGCGUCGUCUGUCGUUGUCUACCUAUCCCCCCAUUUUCACCUGGCAUUUUCUUAG